UUGUUUAGCGUCCUUAGAUCUGAAAAUAUUGUAGAAUAAAUUUAUAAAAAUCUUCACUUAUAGUAUGAAUCGGCUAUGAAUACAAGCUGAAUUACAACAUCUGGUCUUGAGCUGUCUACAAUUCUGAAUCUUGAAGAAAUGUAACCCCGAGAAUGUAACCUUACUAUAAAAUACAGUAUUUCCUGAUUUCGCACCUUGAAAAUCUUGUACAAACUACAGAACAUUGAUAUAUAUUGAGCAAAGGUAGCUAUAUAUGUCCGAAGUGCCAAUAAGACACCAUAUUUGAUAUACAUACUGAACUAAUUCGGGUGAAUCAUGGAUACUGGACAGUCGACACAAAGUGAUGAUCAAUUUUGUUAUCUUAUAAAUACACUACCAGCAGAGAUGCUUGAGAACAUUAUUUUUAAGUUAGAUAUUGAAACGAUGUGUAACCUAUCCUGCACAUGCAUACUGUUGUUCAAGAAAAUUCAUCACAAUGAGAGACUUUGGAGAUAUCUAUGUAAGAAGCAUUGUAAUGCAAAUCAUAUACAGGAGAACAGACAAUCUGGGUGUACAUGGAAGGCUACUUUCAUAGAGAAUUAUGGGAGGAAUGCAGUGAAAAAGCAAUGGAAGGCAGGUGCCUUGAGUAAGAUACAAACAUAUGAUGACCUACCGUGUAAACCAAUCUGUCCAAUGGAUGUUGAAACUUGGGGAGAACUUUUCCAGAUGGAACUAAAUAGAUAGUAGGAACAGGAUGUAUUAGGUGGCUUAAAAUCCAGGUUUAAUACUUUUAUAGAUGGCAUCUUUGUCAAUUAUUGCCAAAGGUUAUAUUUCUGAAUAUGCUGCCAACUACUGCUGGCAUCUUUGUAAUGUAUCAGUUGUGAGAUCUUCAUUGUUGUGAUCUGUAAGCAAGCAUACUAGACUCUAUGACAAACAUAAUUUUUAACAUUGAUUAUAAUUAUAUGCAUUCAAUUGCAUAUUUAAGAAGAUGUAUAUUGAAUUUUAUAAAUGUAUAUUGCAUGAAUAUAGAACCAUGUUAAAUGGACAAAAUAUGUGGUGGCGAUGA